CAAGAGUCCAUGUCCAGUCUGUUUGAACAGCAUUAACAAGUCUCUUUUUCCUUGCAUAUCACAUCCAGUCCGUCACUCUCCAACGACCAUGGCAGGGGAAACCUUCUCACUCGCCGGCAAAGGCCUAAAACUCGACACCAAGGAAGACCUAGACAAGCACAUUGCACCCCUCCACGAAUCCUCGAAUAUCACCCACAUCGACCUCUCGGGCAACACACUCGGCGUCGCUGCAUGCGAAGCCCUUGCACAGAUUCUCUCAUCCAAACCCACUCUUCAAAGCGCAGAUCUGCAUGACAUCUUCACCUCGCGGCUCCUCGAGGAGAUUCCUCCGGCUCUCUCAUCCCUGUUGAACGCCCUGCUCGAAUGCCCGAACCUGCACACAAUAGACCUGAGCGACAACGCCUUUGGGCUGAACACAAAAGACCCACUGGUCGACUUUCUCUCGAAACACGUGCCCCUGAAACAUCUCAUCCUGAACAACAACGGCAUGGGCCCCAUCGCAGGCACAUCCAUAGCCGAAGCGCUGGUGGCACUCGCCGAGAAGAAGGAGGCGGCACGAAAAGAAGGCAAGGACGUCCCGCACCUGGAGAGCAUAGUCUGCGGGCGGAACAGGCUCGAGAACGGCAGCAUGGUGGCGUGGGCCAAGGCGUACGAAUCGCAUAAAGAGGGGAUCAAGAGCGUUAAGAUGACCCAGAACGGCAUACGGCCAGAGGGCAUUUCACACCUCAUCUCGUCCGGUCUCCGACACUGCAACAAUCUGCAGGUUCUGGAUAUGCAGGACAACACUUUCACCCUUAAGGGCGCUCAGGCCCUUGCGAAGACGGUGACUGGAUGGACCAGCCUGAAAGAGCUGGGCGUGGGAGACAGUCUUCUCGGCGGUCGAGGCGCGGUUCGGGUCUUCGAAGCGCUGUCCUCGGGUGGCAAUGAAGGCAUUGAGAUCUUGAGACUGCAGUACAACGACAUCAACCCUGCCGGUGUCAAGGCGUUGCUGCAGGCUGCGAAAGAGGCAUUGCCCAGACUGCGCAAGGUAGAAUUGAACGGGAACAAAUUCGAAGAGGAGGACCCGUCGAUAGAGGCCCUUGCUGAGUUGCUAAGUGAGCGGAAAGACGAGCACGGCAAGCACGACGAUCCGGAUGACCAUUGGGGUUUGGACGAGCUUGACGAGCUUGAAGGUGAGGACAGUGAAGAAGAGGAGGGUGGUGAAGAGUACCUCGAGGAAGAGGAAGAGGAGGAGGCGCGAGAGCGACUAAUCAAGUCAGACGAGGAAGCAGAGGAAGAACCCGUCGCUGAGAAGAAGGAUGUCGAGGUUGAUGAGCUGGCAAAUAGGCUCGAGAAGACGCUAUGAUAGUGCCGUGCGAUUUAUGGAUAGAUGGGGCACGGUGGAAGAACAGCACAUAGCAUAGCAUAGCAUAGCACCUUUUUGGCACAUACGAUACCCCUUAGAAUAGACGGACACAGAUAUUGGAAGAUAUUAUUGUGCAUGUACCUGUGGGCUUGGAUUGGUCCCUGAUAUGCAUCCUGGU